CUCGAGGAGACCGCUUCGUCAACACCUGAGUUCAGUGGUCGCGGGUUACGAUGGUUUCGCAAAUUUCGACGGGUUUUGCUCAUUUACCGAGGAAAAAAAUGUAAAAAGGGCUUGAAAUGGGGCUGUGGCUCACAUUAUCAUGGCUGAUAUUGGGCGGACUGAGUCCUCCAACCCCAAUUUGGGGCAACCCUGACGCCAAGAGACUGUACGAUGAUCUGUUGUCGAACUACAAUCGUCUCAUCCGACCCGUGGGCAACAACUCCGAUCGACUCACCGUUAAAAUGGGCCUUAGACUCUCGCAACUCAUCGACGUGAAUUUGAAGAACCAGAUAAUGACAACGAACGUAUGGGUGGAACAGGAAUGGAACGACUACAAGCUCAAAUGGAAUCCUGAUGAUUAUGGUGGUGUCGAAACUCUUCACGUUCCUUCUGAACACAUUUGGCUUCCAGACAUCGUCCUCUAUAAUAAUGCCGACGGCAACUACGAAGUUACGAUAAUGACCAAAGCGAUUUUGCACCACACCGGAACAGUAGUAUGGAAACCUCCUGCCAUCUAUAAAUCAUUUUGUGAAAUUGAUGUUGAGUACUUUCCCUUCGAUGAACAAACUUGUUUCAUGAAAUUCGGAUCCUGGACUUACGAUGGAUACAUGGUUGACCUCCGGCAUCUUCAGCAAGUCCAGGACUCCAACAAAAUCGACGUCGGAAUUGACCUCCAGGAUUAUUACAUAUCAGUCGAAUGGGAUAUUAUGAAGGUACCCGCGGUACGAAACGAAAAGUACUACAGUUGUUGUGAAGAACCUUAUCCAGAUAUAAUGUUUUACAUAACCCUUAGGCGGAAGACCCUUUUCUACACUGUGAAUUUAAUCAUCCCUUGCGUCGGUAUUUCGUUCCUCUCCAUCUUGGUGUUCUACUUACCCUCUGAUUCAGGAGAAAAAGUUUCGUUGUCCAUCUCCAUUUUGUUGUCCCUCACCGUGUUCUUUUUACUAUUGGUGGAGAUUAUUCCUCCGACUUCCAUAACAGUGCCUCUGUUAGGUAAAUAUUUGCUUUUCACCAUGUUGUUGUGCACGCUGUCCGUCGUCGUCACGAUAGCGGUCUUGAACGUGAAUUUUCGAUCGCCCGUCACGCACAGGCUGGCACCUUGGGUGAAGGUUUUCUUCAUUGAACUACUGCCGAAACUUCUCUUCAUCGAAAGGCCGCGGAAAGAGGAUGAAGACAAAAGUCAGGACAGUAUGCUGACUGAUGUCAUUCAUGUUCCGAUGAUAGAUAAUUGCAAGCCGUAUGAGAAAACCUCGUUCGACAGCUUUGAUUUAGGUCUUCCACCCCCUAGUUUUUUUAGAUUCGAAGUACCUCACAGUGGGGGCUUAGGUUCUUGUUUCGGAGAACCACCGUUUCCAUUGCCUCUAGCAGGAGGCGAUGAAGAUUUGUACAGCCCUGCUAGUUGCAGGACAAACACCUUCGAUGGUACGAGCGAUAUCAGUCCAUCAUUUGACAAAGUCGAAAUCCACGAUAUGGAAAAAACCAUUGCCGAUUCCAGAUUCAUUGCUCAACAUGUUAGAAAUAAGGACUCGUUUGAAAACGUAGAAGAAGACUGGAAAUACGUGGCAAUGGUGCUCGACAGGCUAUUCUUGUGGAUUUUUACAAUGGCUUGUAUCUUCGGCACCGGCAUUAUCAUCUUCAAUGCUCCCUCAUUGUACGACACCGCGAAACCUAUCGACAUACUGAUCUCGAAAGUGGCGAAAAAGAAAAUGGCGUUACUCAAAAUGGUUCCAGAGGAACUUUAAAUUGUCUGUUCUUAAUCAACGUUUCAGCACUUCUCACACAAAUGCAAACAAGCUUAAUCAUAAAAAAUAUAAAACAUUCGAUUCAUUUUACACUCUAUUUUCAAGUCCACUUUUAUAAAAUAAAUAUAACUUCUACACAUAAACUUCAGGGUUCAUUACUGAUUAAAACUACUGAAUUAAUUUUAUAUAGAUCUAUUUGUCUGACUGAAUAAAAGGUGUGCAGAACUUUACUCUUAAAACAUAUUAUUAUUUAAACAACAAACUGGAUUUAGUAAAAACGCUCAUUAACACUUUUUUUGAUAAUCUCGUGAGGAGAAAUAUCUUUUUCAACCGAAACGGACCCAGACUUAAAACUUUAAAAGGGUUAUAUCGCCCCAAUUUUUCAGGAAGUAAAAAAGUUACUUGGAAAAUUUGUUUGUUUCUUGGAAUUUAUACUCUUAUUAAAAUAUUACUAAAUUCAACAAACACUCUGUAUUUAAUGCCCUGGUAAAUAGAUAUAAUUGUUAAUAAUUUUUUAACAAUUUAUUUGAAAUUUUUCAUAUUACUUAAGAAUAACAAAGCAUUGUUUUCAUACAAGUUAUUAUUUUGUAGGACAUGAAUCAAAUCAUAACAAAAUUCUUUGUGGCUCAAAUAUUGGAUUAAAUCAUAAUUAAAAAUCCAUUUCAUUCAGAAAAACCAAAAUGGUUUGUAUAAAAAUUAAUAGUGCAUGGGUUACUUUUAGACAUAAAAUGAAAAUUUCUAAUGUUUAUUAGCUACUGAAGUAUUGAGUUAAAUCCACUCAAGGAACUUAAAACGACUCUCUUAUAAAAAGCAAAAAUUGAUGUUACUAUCAACAAGUUAUAAAAAUUAUGAUGAAAAUUAUUAGUAAGUUUUCUUCUUAUCACAUUAGAUCACCAAUAGGUAGGCUUUAGUAUUAACCCUGACGAAUAAUGCAAAAAUCUUUUUUUGAAGACGUAACUUUUGAAAAAGUUGUAUUUUUUCACUUCUUCCAAAUACAGGGUGAUAUUUUAAAAAGAACCCACCCUAAAUAUCUCAGAGUAAAGAACUGUCAUAAAACAAAUCUCACAGGCGUCAAUUUUUAUAUCUAUCCUAGCUUCAACUGUCAUACGUCAUUCCCCUCCCCACCGUUAUUGUAAUCAAUUCAAUUUAAAUACGGAAAAUACCCAAUAUGAUUCAUGGCGUUACUUUUAAUUUUAACGCCCUCUCCCGGCAUAAAAAACUAUUAUGUAUUGUAAAGUGUAACACUUUAUUUGAAAG